AUGCCUUCCACCACCGGCGCAUCGAAGCGAUUCGAGCUUCCCAAGCUCGACUUCAAGUUUGGCUCAUUGACCGAAGGAACCAACAUUCCCCCACCGCUUCCCAGUCCCGUCCAGGAGGUCCCCACGCCUCCCCAGACCCCGCGUGUGAGCGAAACCAAGGAGUCGGACUCCGCCGUCAAGGGAAAGCUCGAUGAGAAGACAAACGGCCAUGCGGCGGCAGUUCCGGACUCGCCUGCCACCACCAACGGUACGAAAGGAUACUCGGAUGACACACCACUCUCUCCAGCAGCGUCAAGCAGACAAGGCAGCAUCCGUCGUCUCUUCAGCCGGACUUUACUGAACCAAGCAUAUGCAGAAGGCGAAAACCACUCGAACGGCAACGGCAACGGCGGCCCCCCGUCCCGGCCUAUGAGCCGCAGCCAAGGCAGCAUCCUCGACGAGAAGAAGUCGAAGCGCAGCAGCGGCUGGUUCAAGAGGCUGAGGACGUCGGAAACGUCGCCGCCGCAGAGACGAUCCAGCGUCGUCUACGAGCACCCCAACAUCAGCGAGACCAGCAGCCAUACGCCAAGCAAGCCCCAGGCCGCUCCGCAGGUCCAGGGGCCGCCGCCUCCGAUGAUCCCCGAGCUCAGCGCACUCCAGGCCAAGGUGGACGUGACAGACGGGGGCAGUCUCGGCGAGGAUUUGUUUAAGAACAUUAAAUAA